AUGUCAUCCUUUUUAACUAAUGAUGAUUAUUUAAUUAUUUCUCGUCUUCUUUCAUUUUUUUCGUCAUCUUACGGUUCAAAUGGUCGUCUUAAAUUAAUUCAAACACUUGAUAAUUCAAUGAGUAUUUGUACAUCAAUAAGUAGUCGUAUUCAAUAUCAGUUAAAAUGUCGACAUCUUAUUUCACGUCUACUAUCAGUUGCUAUACAAAAACAAAUAACUACUUAUCAUGAUGGUGGUCUUUAUUUUAGUAUUCUAUUUUGUACUUUUCUCAAACAAUUUCGUGAUCUAUCAAUAGAUUCAAAUAAAAAAGUAUUAUUAUUUGAACAAUGUUUAAAUUUAAUUGAUCAAAUGAUUAUUCCAUUUGAAACAAUUACAUUUAAUUCUAUACAUCAAUUAUUAGCAAUUGUUCGUGCUGUUAUUUGUAAAUCAUUAGUAUAUAAUAAUUCGGAUCUAAUACGAGAACAAUUAUGUCUUUUAUCUGUAAAAACAUUUCUUGAAAAUAUAACACUAAUAAAUUUAUCUGAACAACAACUUAUUUUAACAAUUGAAGGUUUAUCUGUUGAAGAAACAAAUUUAUUUGAUGGUUUACUUUAUGAAAUCUCAUCAAUUAAUUCUUCUUUAUGUUCGAAAACAACCCGGUCUUGUCUUUAUUUUACUAUAUCUUUAGCGGGAGAUUAUACAAUUAAUGAUGUAGAUCAUAUUGAAACAGAAGAACAAAUGUUUGAAUGGAUUCAUAAUAUAGCGGAUCGAAUAGCAAAACAAAUUAUUGCAUAUAAACAAUUACACAACGGUGGAUUAAUUCUUUGUCAAAAGGUUAUUCAUCCAACGAUUAAAGUACAAUUAAAACAAUAUGGAAUCGAUACAAUCGAUCGACUUAGUCGACAAAAUACAUCUCAUUUUUGUUAUUUAACUGGAUGUCAACCAAUUGAAACAUUAGCAUUGGAUACACUUGAUGAACGAUAUUUUGGUACAUUAACUGAAAUAAAACAAAUUGGAAUUGGAAAAAAGAAUUUUCUUCAAUUUUUUAAUCAAACUCGACCAUUUCAUACACUUUUACUUUGUUCAAAUACAGAACAAGCUCUUCUAGAACUUAAAGAAUGUAUGAAUGCUAGUCAUCAUAUUCUUACAAAUACUGUUCGAACUAAACAAGCAUUAUAUGGUGGUGGUUGUUCUGAAAGUAUGCAAAUACUUUUCUUAAAAAGUCAGAUUAAUAAUUUAGCUGUACACGCUUUAUUCAAUACUCUUCGACAUGUUAUUUGUGCUCAAAAUGAUAAUGAUUAUGUUAUUGAUCGAAUUCAUGGUCAUCUUUGGUAUUUAUCAGAUGAAAAUCAGAUAAGUGAAACGUGUGCAUGUGAAUUAUAUUCUACGACAGAUAAUUUUCAACAGCAAUGGCAAAAUUAUGUUUUUUCACUUGAUAAUAAUGAAAAUCAAGUAGAAAAACUAAAAGAUAAUAAUGAAUUUUUUAUUCGACAAAACUAUCCGAAAUAUUUAGAUAAUUUUCAUAUGAGAAUAAAUGCUUUUAAAACAGCUAUUGAAACUGAAGUUAUUGAACGAUCUAUACAGCAAUAUGAUGAGAUUCCAAGUCCACGAAGUAGUCAUACACUAACAGCAAUUGAGAAUUAUUUGUAUGUAUUCGGUGGUGAACAUGAACCGCGUAUACCAAUCGAUAAUGAUGUUUGGCAGUUUAAUAUCGCUGAUAAUCAUUGGAAACGUUUGUUGGUUAAUCGUGGUGAUCGACCAGAACCAAGAUGUGGACAUGCAGCUGCUGCUGUAGAACAUAAGAUGUAUAUUUUUGGUGGUCGAACAUUGGUAGAUAUGAAAGAUAGUACAUCAGAUGAAUUGUACGCAUAUGAUGUUGAUCUGAAAGAAUGGGAGCAAUAUAAAAAAAUUUCUGAUAAAGAAGUAUGGCCGGAAAAACGAAGUUAUCAUUCAAUGGUUAGUAGUGCUGAUCAGUUAUAUGUUUUUGGUGGUUGUUGUGAAAAUAUUCGUUUGAAUAAUUUAUGGCAGUAUGAUACGGGUAAUAAACAAUGGAGACAAUUAGCUUCACCUAAUUCUCAAGAACUUGUAGAACGUGGUGGUUGUGCACUUGUUUAUCUCAAUAGUGCACUUUGGGUGUUCGGUGGUUUUUGUGGAACAGAAUUAAAUGAUAUUGCAAGUUUUGAUUUAGUAACACAAUCAUGGACAUAUUUGAAGGAUUCAAAAAUUUCACCACGUAGUGUUUUUGCUUAUGGAUGUCUUAAUGGUGUAAUGAUUGGACAUGGUGGUGAGCAAGAUCCAUCGGAAUUAGGUCAUGCAGGUGCAGGUGAAUUUGCUGAUGAUGUUAUUCUUAUUCAACCCACAAAAGAAAAUGGUGAGCGUGUACAAACGAAACAUGUUGAAUUUGAAAAACCUGUUGGUGGAAAACGUGGUUGGCAUGCCGGUGCAACGAUAAAAAAUACGUUCUAUGUGUUCGGUGGAAAUACAUCGGAAAACGAACGUGUUAAUUCUUUGUUUGCGAUUGAAUUUCAUUAA